CUGCCACCGCGCAUGCUCGCUCCUAUCUGCCUGGUGAAACUUGAUGGGGAGCUGUUUGUGAGCCCCGAGCUCAGGAAACCUGCGGAGCGAAAAUAGUAAUAAUAAUAACCUUGGGCGCUUGGAAAUACGGUGGAAGCGUGUUGCUUUGACGCGCUGCUGGUGAAUCUGGGGGAGACUCCAGCCCAAGCAGGCUCUUGAGAUCAGUAGCGAUAGACAUGGGGAAAUCUCUUUCCAUGCCUUUAUCUGGUUUGAAAGAUGAUGGCGCUUCAACCUCUGAUAACAUGAAAAGUGGAUUAAUGCACUCAGACUCUCAUAGUGAAGAUGGAAAAAAUGGAGAUGUAUCACAGUUUCCAUAUGUUGAAUUUACAGGACGAGAUAGUGUCACAUGUCCCACUUGUCAGGGCACUGGGAGAAUACCACGUGCAGCAAUUGGGUGUAGAAAUGACAGGAUGCUGGAUUAUAUUCCAGGACAGGAAAAUCAGCUUGUUGCCCUGAUUCCCUAUAGUGAUCAGAGACUGAGGCCAAGAAGAACAAAACUUUAUGUGACUGCUUCUGUAAUUGGAUGCUUACUACUUUCUGGGCUGGCAGUAUUUUUCUUAUUUCCUCGAUCUGUCGAUGUACAAUAUGCUGGAGUCAAAUCAGUAUAUGUCGAUUAUGAAGCACAGAGACGCAUAAUAUACUUAAAUAUUACGAAUACAUUGAACAUAACCAAUAACAAUUAUUAUUCUGUUGAAGUUGAUAACAUUACUGCCCAAGUACAGUUUGCAAAGACGGUGAUUGGAAAGGCACGAGUGAACAAUAAUACCCACAUUGGACCACUGGAUAUGAAACAGAUUGAUUAUAUGGUACCCACUGUAAUACAAGAUGAAAUGAGUUACAUGUACGAUUUCUGUACUUUAAUCUCUAUCAAAGUGCAUAAUAUAGUUGUCAUGAUGCAAGUGACUGUGACCACUUCCUACUUUGGCCAUUCGGAACAAAUAUCUCAGGAACGAUACCAAUAUGUAGACUGUGGUGGAAAUACAACUUAUCAACUGGGACAGACUGAAUAUCUAAAUGUUCUUCAGCCUUUUCAGUAAAAGGACCAGAAAUUGAAUGUGCAGAAAGAAAAAAAACCCACGACUAUUGUUUUUUUCAUUUCUCAUCCAAGUUGAAAUUUUAACUAUACAUGAUACUGCUUAGAGGUUGAUGUACAUAAAGUAGCAGGUUGGAAGGUUUCCUUAUUUUUUGUGAUGUAAACAAAAAAAAAAGGACAAACUGUAUAUAUCCAUACUUAAUAACUUGCACCUUUCUACUCUAACUGUGAAAGUACUGUGUCAAUCCAUUAAACCGAGGGUAGCAGGAAAGAUAGAGAACAACAUCUUAUAUCCAUUAAUUUUUGCCUAUAUGCAAACAAGGAUAUGUUACUCUCCCAGCACAUGUUUUUGUAUUUCUUAGACUAAUGAUAAAGUAAUUUCAGAACUUGAUUGUUUUAACUGAAGUCUAAUCUGAAUAUUCAUUGUAUAGAAAUAAUUUGCGCCCCAUUGUAGCAUCAGAUGACACAUGCUUGUGUAAUAACCUUAGGACAGAUCAAUGUUUACAUUGUUGGCAUUUUGUUUGUUGAAAAUUGUUUUUCAGGUGAAAGGUUUUUCAUUUUUCACAAGGUCCAACAAUUUGCUUGAAAACUUGGAUGGAAUUGGAGAAAUAGCACUUGACUUAGACACAUUUGGUGUGUGCUGCUGAAUAAAAAGAAAAAAAAUUAAAAAUGUCUUUUAAAAACACAAAAAAAGCUAUUAAAAACUAUUGAAAAUGCA